CAAUAUAUUAAUAAACUUACUGAAAAAUAUCACCUUAUAAAGCUUGUGUGUAUGUGUGUGUGUAGGACAUGGUGAUUGGAGGACUGGACGUGGGGACUCAGUACAGUGUAAGUGUGGCAGCGUAUGAUGGAACAGCACAGGGACGUCCCAGCAUGCCGAGGGUUGUAAGCACCGCCUCCCGGGAUGUGUGUAUGCCCCCCUCCCCUCCCACUCAGCCUGUAGUGGUUGCCUUGUCAGACACGGAAUUGGCGUUGUCAUGGCAGCAGGGUGAAAGUCAGGGGAGUUCACCUGUGCUCCACUUCCUGGUUGCAUACAUCAGGCCAGAGAUGGACUCCGAGUGGACGAUCAUCCGUGAGCCGGUGGAGUCGAAUUCGAUGGUUCUGAAGGGUCUGAUUCCUCAAACUAAUUAUCAGUUCAUCAUCAGAUCUGUAAACCAGCAUGGAGUCAGUCACCCCAGUCCAGUCAACCCCCCCACCCGCACCCUUGGUCCAGGUGAAGGGGGCAGUGGUGAUCAGAAUCUCUACACUGAUGAUGCGGGGUUUGGUGUGGACUCAGAUUAUGAUGUCUUUAUAGACGAGCCGAUGCCAUUUCCUGCCACAAAGAACCUACGCUCUCAGCUCCGAUCACCCAGCGGCGCUUCUGUUAACGGACACAUCAUUUACAGAAAGACAAAACUUCACAACACACCUCAGAACACACCUAUCAUCAAAAACACACCUGAAAACACACGGCAGAACACACCUCAGAGCACACCUAUCAUCCAAAACACACCUGAAAACACACGGCAGAACACACCUCAGAGCACACCUAUCAUCCAAAACACACCUGAAAACACACGGCAGAACACACCUCAGAGCACACCUAUCAUCCAAAACACACCUGAAAACACACGGCAGAACACACCUCAGAGCACACCUAUCAUCAAAAACACACCUGAAAACACACGGCAGAACACACCUCAGAGCACACCUAUCAUCAAAAACACACCUGAAAACACACCUGAACACACACCUCAGAACACACCUAUCAUCAAAAACACACCUGAAAACACACCUAAAAAUCAGAAGAGUGACAUGUCAGUCAAAAGCAAUUGGACAUUAACCACCGCCACUGUUGUACCGAGCACAAGCCCCGCCCUUUCUAAACAUGCCCUGCCCACUACCAGCCUUGUAUCCACAUCCUGGGAAGGAGUGGAGCCAAGUGUAUACAAUGUGACGUGUGAGGAGACAGUGUGCCCCCCCAACAGUUUCUGCAGUAAUGACUACAACAGUGGAGGAUCACGAUGUCACUGCAACCUCGGUCACCAUGGAGAACUCUGCUCUGAAGGUGUGUCAAUCCGGUUUCCAAGGUUUUACGGAUUUUCUCACAUGACAUUUGAGCCCCUAAAAAACUCGUACCAGAACUUCCACAUCACUCUGGAGUUCAAGGCGGACUCUGAGGACGGGCUGUUGUUGUACUGUGGAGAGAACGAACACGGUCGAGGAGAUUUCAUGUCCCUCACUUUGGUGCGGAGGAAAAUUCAUUACAGAUUUAACUGUGGCACCGGGGCAGGGCAGAUCAUCAGUGAUGGCGCCAUUGUGAUUGGUCAGUGGCACACAGUCACUCUGUUCAGAGAUGGAGUUAAUGGCUGGCUACGACUCGACAACGAUACCCCUGUGUCUGGACGCUCACUGGGUCACUACAGCAAAAUAACUUUCCGCACUCCUCUGUUUGUGGGCGGAGCUCCCAGUGUUUACUGGCUUGUGAAGGCAGUGGGAACCAAUCACGGCUUUCGUGGGUGUGUCCAGAGAUUGUCAAUCAAUGGCAGAUACACUGAGCUGAGACCCUGGCCUCAGGGACAUGCCCUCAAUGGGGCGGACAUUGGUGAGUGCAGUACCAGUGUGUGUGAUGAGGUGGUGUGUGAGCACAGUGGAGUGUGUUACCCGACUCGUGCAGACAGCUACAUCUGUCUCUGUCCUCUGGGAUACACAGGAGUUCACUGUGAGCAGAGCUUCGUGCUGUCUCUGCCCCGCUUCAGUGAGAGUGUGCAGUCAUACGCCAGUGCCCCCUGGCCUCAGCACACACACUACUACCUUUCCUUCAUGGAGUUCCACAUCACCUUCAAACCCACCAAUCAGGAUGGGACUCUGAUCUACAGCCACGACGAGCACAGCCGUGACUUCUUGUCCAUUGUCCUGGUGGGCGGAGCUGUAGAGUUCCACUUCGACUGUGGCUCUGGAGCUGCCAUCAUCAGGAGUGAGCAGCCUGUCAGUAUGAACAUGUGGCACGAUCUCAGAGUGUCUCGUACGGCUAAAAGUGGCCUCCUGCAGGUGGACAGUCAGCGGCCAGUAGAGGGCAGUGCCGAGGGUGCAUUUACUCAGAUUAAGUGCAGUUCUCCUCUCUAUAUCGGUGGGGUUCCUGAUUAUGACUCCACAAAAAGCAGCGCAGGAGUGAUCAGACCAUUCAGCGGUGACAUUCAGAGAAUCACACUGAAUGACCGUGAGGUUGCCGUGGUGACGGGUCAUGUGGUGGGCGUGAAUGUGAUGAACACGCCCCACCCGUGUGUGGAGAACCCGUGUGCUAACGGAGGAACAUGCAGACCCAAACGAGAUGAGUACGAGUGUGACUGUACACUGGGGUAUGACGGAACACACUGCCAGAAAGAGUGUGGAAACUACUGCUUUAACUCGGUGACUGAAGCCAUUGAAAUUCCUCAGUUUACGGGCCGCAGCUACCUGACAUACGACAAUCAAGAGAUACUCAAACGGCUAUCUGGUUCUAGGACGAGUGUGUUCCUGCGCUUUAAGAGCUCGUGUAAGGAUGGACUGUUACUGUGGAGAGGAGAGAACCCGGGCCAAGCUCACACUGACUAUCUGUCUAUAGGCCUGCAGAAUGGAACACUUGUUUUCAGUUAUGACCUGGGCAGUGGGGCUGUGUUUGUGGUGGUUAAUGGAGCCUUCAGUGAUGGAAAAUGGCACAGAGUGAAAGCAGUCAGGGAUGGACAGAGUGGGAAGCUGACCGUAGAUGAUUAUGGAGCUGAGACAGGACGUUCACCUGGCAAGAUGAGACAGCUCAAUAUCAACGGAGAACUUUACAUAGGUGGGAUGAAGGAGAUCGCUCUUCGCACCAGUCGUCAGUACCUGGCAGGUUUAGUCGGCUGUGUUUCACACUUCACGCUGUCCACUGAUUAUCACGUGUCUCUGGUUGAGGAUGCGGCCGACGGCAAGAACAUUAACACCUGCAGCAACUAACCUCAAACACCUGCAGCAACUAACCUCAAACACCUGCAGCAACUAACCUCAAACACCUGCAGCAACUAACCUCAAACACCUGCAGCAGAAUGCUUUGUUCCAGUUUGUGGUAGAUCUCCCCUCUGUUCAGAAAUAUUUUAUUGCAGAACUCACCACAUGGCCACCUGACACUGAUCAUUAGGAUUCUGAUGAAGGUUCUAGAAGAUUAGAGGAAGAGAAGAAGCUCUAGAGAAGUUUAUAGUGAUGUGGAGAUGGAGUUCUACACUGUGAUGUGUGUUAAUCUCUCUCUCUCUGUCUCUCUCUCUCUGUCUCUCUCUCUGUCUCUCUCUCUCUGUCUCUCUCUCUCUCGCUACGUGACCUUCUGAUGUUUUUAUCACGGUGUAUAGAGUUAAUGUGAGAGAUUUUUGUGUACAAUCUUUAUUUUUAUGCCUUUGUGUUUAAAACACUUCUCAGUUUUGCCAUUUAAAAUGUGACUUAUGAAUUUCUUUCGGAAAUAAAACAAAAACCAUCAUUUCACCCCAGUAUUUGGACUCUCUCUUCCACUUCUCGACUUUUCUUUUAUUUUCCCUGAUUUUUUUCUGUUUUAUAUAUAUAUAUAUACUAGGUGUAUUACAUAUGAUGAAAACUCAGCACCUUUUACUGCUUAAUUUGUGUUAUUUAAAAAGUAUUUUAAAAGCAUCCAGCAGGAAAUCAGAGCAGAUCCAGUACAGCAUCCAAUUACAGUGGAGUGGAGGCGGGGCUUAGUGCACCUUCAGUUAAAUAAAUAAUAAAAAUUUGGUCUUCAGAAAUAAACUGAAGCUGUUCUCUCCACUGCUAACCCCAGCUGUUGAAUCAGUGUGUAUAUAUAUUUAUGUAAUGUUGAAUUUAUUGUUCCAUUUCACACCAGUAUAAAUCUUACCUUCUCCCCAGUCCAUCAGUCCAGGAAAGAUCUGCUCUCCUACACAGAUGAGAACAAUGACACAGAGGAAAUAAAACAUUUCUGCAGACAGCAGCCACUUCUUUCUGAAUAUUUCUUCAUAAGUGUCCAUCUCCUCAACUACCCAGAGAAGUCCACCAAACCUUUCUGCUAGUUCUGC